AUGCCAGAAGAAUCUCUCUCUGAGGCCUCACAAGCUGAUUUUUAGAGCUUUGCUGUUCUGUCGUCUUUGUCUUCCAAAUGGGCAUGAACUCUCUGGGGUUGUGUUACCCUGUUUCCUGUUUACUGUCAAGACGCUGAGAGAAUGUUCUUAUAAUGACCCAAGAGGAAGUGGCAAAUGAAUGCUCUUCUUCAGGAUCCAAUGAUAGCUGGACAAGUCAGUAAGCCCUCGCUGUCAGCGCGGAGUGAAAUGAAUGCGGAGUUGAGAGGUGAGGACAAGGCUGCUACUUCAGACAGCGAGCUGAAUGAGCCCCUGCUUGCGCCUGUGGAAUCAAAUGACAGCGAGGACACUCCCAGCAAGCUCUUCGGGGCCAGAGGAAACCCGGCUCUAUCAGACCCAGGCACUCCUGACCAACACCAGGCCAGUCAGAACCACCCCUCUUUCCCGGUUGGGCCGCAGCCACUUCUGACAGCACAACAGUUAGCCUCUGCUGUCACUGGCGUGAUGCCGGGAGGCACGCCAGCCCUCAACCAGCCCAUCCUCAUCCCCUUCAACAUGGCUGGACAGCUAGGAGGACAACAAGGACUGGUCCUCACGUUGCCUACCGCGAAUCUCACCAACAUCCAAGGGCUGGUAGCAGCCGCUGCAGCCGGAGGCAUAAUGACUCUACCAUUGCAAAAUCUACAAGCUACCUCAUCCCUGAACUCCCAGCUCCAGCAGCUCCAGCAGCUCCAGCAGCUCCAGCCGCCGCCGCCGCCGCCGCCGCCGCCCGCCGGCCAGCACCCGCCGCCCGGGCCGCACGCGCCCCCGCAGCCCCCGCAGCCGCAGCCCCAGCCCGCCCCGCCCCAGCAGCCGCCUCCCGCCUCCCAGCAGCCGCCGGCUCCGCCCGCUCAGCCCCAGCAGCCCCACCCCCACCCCCAGAACCAGAACCAGAACCAACCGUCUCCAACUCAGCAGAGUGCAAGCCCCCCUCAGAAACCCAGCCAGUCUCCGGGACAUGGCCUUCCGUCGCCGCUCACGCCACCCAAUCCUCUGCAGCUGGUUAAUAAUCCACUAGCAAGUCAGGCUGCUGCAGCAGCCGCCAUGGGCUCCAUAGCAAGUUCACAAGCCUUUGGCAAUGCUCUCUCCAGUCUUCAGGGGGUCACGGGUCAACUAGUUACUAAUGCACAAGGACAGAUUAUUGGGACCAUCCCUCUGAUGCCGAAUCCGGGGCCAUCAAGUCAAGCAGCGAGUGGCACUCAGGGCCUUCAAGUGCAACCCAUCACCCCCCAGCUCCUGACCAAUGCCCAGGGCCAGAUCAUUGCCACAGUCAUCGGGAACCAGAUCCUGCCAGUGAUCAACACCCAGGGCAUCACGCUCUCACCCAUCAAGCCCGGCCAGCAGCUCCACCAACCCUCCCAGACGUCAGUGGGUCAAGCAGCUUCCCAAGGCAGCCUUCUGCACCUGGCUCACAGCCAAGCAUCCAUGUCUCAAAGCCCCGUCCGCCAGGCUUCCUCUUCUUCCUCUUCAUCCUCCUCUUCCUCAGCUUUGAGCGUGGGCCAGUUAGUCAGCAAUCCUCAAACGGCAGCGGGUGAGGUGGAUGGGGUUAAUCUGGAAGAGAUCCGAGAAUUUGCCAAAGCUUUUAAAAUCCGGCGCCUGUCCCUUGGCCUGACCCAGACUCAGGUGGGACAGGCUCUCAGUGCUACCGAGGGCCCCGCGUACAGCCAGUCGGCCAUCUGCAGACACACCAUCCUGAGAAGCCACUUUUUCCUACCACAGGAAGCCCAAGAGAACACUAUAGCUAGCAGUCUGACAGCCAAACUGAACCCUGGCCUUUUGUAUCCUGCCAGGUUUGAAAAGCUGGACAUCACCCCUAAAAGUGCCCAGAAGAUCAAGCCGGUGCUUGAGCGGUGGAUGGCUGAGGCUGAGGCCCGCCAUCGAGCAGGUAUGCAGAACCUGACCGAGUUUAUCGGGAGUGAGCCGUCCAAAAAGCGCAAGAGGCGCACCUCCUUCACACCCCAGGCCCUUGAGAUCCUCAAUGCCCACUUUGAGAAGAACACACACCCCUCGGGGCAGGAAAUGACCGAAAUUGCCGAGAAGCUGAACUAUGACCGGGAAGUAGUUAGAGUUUGGUUCUGCAAUAAGAGGCAAGCCCUGAAGAACACCAUUAAGCGCUUAAAACAGCACGAGCCGGCCACGGCGGUCCCCCUGGAGCCCCUGACGGACUCUCUGGAGGAAAACGCCUAAACGCACGCCCAGCCCGGAAGCAGAGGCGAAACCCGCAGAAACUUCCAGCUCCGCCCUCGGACGCCGCAGCUCAGAAUUCGUGAGAAUAACGAUCAUUAAGAAUAAUAGGUUGAGAAUAAAAUCGAAAGAGAGCCCCCGUCGUCAGUCACCCUUGUAAGUAGAAAGACUAAGAAAACUACCAAGCGGACAGAAUGGUUUAUACGUGUCCGUUGGUUUUCCAAAAAGUUAGAAAAAACAAAAAACAACAAAAAAAAAAAAAAACAAUUUUUGAAAAUUUUUAACAAGGCACACAGCAUACCUGCUGGUGUGUGCGGUAGCAUAGUCCCCUGGCCCGCCCGCCCCCCCGCCCCGAAGCCAGUUUUCUAAAGGACUUAAACCAAAUAACCACAAACUUUUUUUGUGUAUAUUAUGAAAAUGUGAACACAUUUUAAGGAAA